AUGGUCCCGCCUCCUCCCUCCCCUGGUCGGUCGAUCGGUCGGUCGGUCGGUCCACCCUCCACCUUCCUUCCCACGCCCCAGUGCGCUGUGGGAUAGUGCCACUAUAAAGUAUAUCCUCUCUCGGAGGAAGAUAAGAAGCCCGAGACAGGAGGGGGAUGAAGAUGGCGGACGCCAAGCAGAAGAGGAACGAGCAGUUAAGGCGGUGGCUGGGCUCCGAGACGGACCUGGAGCCGCCGAUCUUGAGGAGGAGGAAUACGAGGGUGAAGUUCGACGAUGGCGCCGUGUUCCUGGCCGCCUGCUCCAGCGGCGACACCGACGAGGUGCAGCGAAUGCUCGACCGCGGAGCCGACAUCAACUACGCCAACGUCGACGGGCUCACCGCGCUCCACCAGGCAUGCAUAGACGACAACCCAGACAUGGUGACCUUCCUGGUGACGCACGGCGCCAGCGUCAACCAACCCGACAACGAGGGCUGGAUCCCCCUACACGCCGUCGCGUCCUGCGGCUACCUGGCCAUCGCAGAGUACCUGAUCAGCCAGGGGGCCAGCGUGGGCGCGGUCAACAGCGAAGGCGAGACGCCGCUGGAACUCGCCGAAGAAGGAGCCAUGGAAGAGCUACUACAGAAUGAGAUCAACCGGAAAGGUGUCGAUAUCGAGGCGGCCCGCAAGGAGGAAGAGCGCGUCAUGCUGCGCGACGCCCGACAAUGGGUCAACAGCGGCCAGAUCCAGGACACCCGGCACGCCAAGUCGGGGGGAACGGCGCUCCACGUCGCCGCCGCCAAGGGCUACUUGGACGUUUUAAAGCUUUUAAUACAAGCAGGGUAUGAUGUAAAUAUUAAAGACUACGACGGCUGGACUCCUCUACACGCGGCGGCACACUGGGGCCAAGAGGAGGCCUGUCGGAUUCUGGUGGAGAACCUUUGCGACAUGGACGUCAUUAAUAGAAUGGGCCAGACGCCUUUUGACGUCUCGGACGAAGACGUUCUGGGAUACUUGGAAGAACUGCAAAAGAAACAGAAUCUGCUGAUGAGCGAGAAGAAAAUAGACAAGAAGUCCCCUCUGAUUGAAACCUCCACCACCGGGGACAACAACCAAUCGAUGAAAUCGCUGAAGAGCAAAGAAACUCUGCUGCUGGAACAGGAGAAGAGCGCGCCGAGGAUCGAGACACUUGAACCCGAGAAGGUGGACGAGGAGGAGGAAGAGGAAGCCAAGAAAGACGAGUCCAGCUGCUCUAGCGAAGAGGAUGAGGAAGAAGAUUCAGAGUCAGAAAAUGAAGCGGAUAAGAGCAAACCUUCAGUGUCGGUGAGCAACAGCACGACUCCCGCUCCCGCGAGCAUCACCGUGUCUUCUCCGAGCAGUCCUACCAAUCAGCUGACCAGCCCCACGUCGCCUACUAAGAAGGUGGCCACCCAACCCGCCGCCAAAGUGUCGUCCAAAGCGGAGGAUGAUCGCAAGGACGAGUCGCCGUCGUCGUGGCGCCUGGGCCUGCGCAAGACGGGCAGCUACGGCGCGCUGGCCGAGAUCACGGCCGCCAAAGAGGCGCAGCAGGAGAAGGACGCCACCUCCGGGGUGAUGCGCUCGGCCUCCAGCCCGCGCCUCUCGUCCUCGCUGGACAACAAAGACAAAGAGAAGGAGAAGGACAAAGGAACUCGACUCGCCUACGUGGCACCGACUAUUCCAAGAAGAUUGGCCAGCGCGUCGGAUAUUGACGAGAAGGAGAACAGGGACUCCGGCGCGCUGAUCCGUAGCGGCUCGUACACCCGGCGGCGCUGGGAAGACGAACAGAAGAACAACGAAGGAACCGCCUCCACCAACAGAACCUCCAGCUACCAGCGAAGCACGUCCCACACGCUAGCGCUAGGGCGGAGCGGCAGCACGCGGGACGUGCCGGCCAAGUCUUCGUCCACCUCCAGCUUGGACCCUAACACCUGUAACACUAAACCCUGGCAGCCGCCCGCCUCCCACUACCAGUCAUACAGCAUUUAUCGCAGCGGCUCUUUCGGCAGACGAAACGACGACUCGAGCUCCCCGACGACCGCGGCCGCCUCGUCCUCCGCGACGACCACCACCUCAUCAUCGGUUACCUCGCCCGCGGGCCAACGCGGCCCGGGCUCCGCCUCCACGCGCACCGGCUCCGCCGGUCUCACCAGCAGGUACUGGUCUGAGGAGAGCGCGGAGAGGGAAAGGGACAAGGAACGGGAGUCGGCCGCCGUCACCCCCACCAUAAACACUGGCUCUACCACCACCACAACGUCGACCACUACUACCUUUGGCACCACGGGAACGGGCCCCGAACGACGCAGGUCCUACCUGACACCCGUACGAGACGAAGAAUCCGAAUCUCAGAGGAAAGCCCGCUCCAGACAGGCCCGCCAGACCAGGAGGUCCACACAGGGCGUCACUCUGACUGACCUGCAAGAGGCCGAGAAGACCAUCGGCAGGAGUCGCGCCACAAAAAGCCGCGAGGAGGAGAAGCAGGACAAAGAGAAGCAGCAGCAGCAGGAGGAGAAGAAAGAGUUAGAGCUGAAGGACGACGAGUACCGACCAAAAUACCGCAGCUUUGAAGACCGUUACCGGACCACGUCCUCUGCCGCCUCGUCCCCGGUUUCCACCGUCAGCACUGCCUCGGCCCCGUCCUACUCCAGCACGGCGCUGACCCCCGGCUCGCUCAACAGGCCCAACAGCCUGACGGGCAUCUCUUCCUCUUACGGCCGCUCCUCCAGGGAUACCGAGAAAGAAUCGGACAAAAAGGAGGAGGAGAAGGAGGGAGACGACAAGUCUCAGCCUCGCUCCAUCCGGGAUCGCCGGCGGCCCCGUGAGAAGCGACGAUCCACCGGCGUCUCGUUUUGGACCCAAGAUGGCGACGACAACGACCCCGAGCAGCGGUCCGACUCGGAGGAGGGCAGCAUCAAGGGAGAGCACGUGGACAGGUUGUCCAGGACCGACGGCGCCGCCCCCGCGCCCUCCCUGGACCGCAACGACUCCCCGCUCGGCCGCAACUACGGCGAAAGUCGGAGGACGUACUCCAGCCGGCUGGAUAGAGACGACGCCACCGACUACAAGAAGCUCUACGAGCAAAUCGUUGCUGAGAACGAGAGGCUGAAGGCGCAGUUACGUGACACGGACCUGGAGCUGGCCGACUUGAAGCUGCAACUGGAGAAGGCCACGCAGAGGCAGGAACGCUACGCCGACAGGUCGCAGCUUGAAAUGGAGAAAAGGGAAAGACGAGCUCUCGAAAGGAAAAUUUCUGAGAUGGAGGAGGAACUCAAGAACCUCCCCCAGGUAAAGCAGGUUCAGACUCUGCGUCAGGUUAAGGAGCGGCUGCAGGCCGAGAACCGAGCGCUGGCCCGCGUGGUGGCGAAGCUCUCGCAGGCCGCCUGCGGCCAACUGCCCGCCGUCGACCUCUAAAGGCGGGGCCGCGCUUUCACUCCCCCUUAUCCCCCAACUCCCCUGCCCCCACCCACAGGUGCCUGACUGGUUUUCAGCUCCCUGCAGUUGAUGUUUUCCUCGCAGGGGUCUUUAGUCGAAGCUCGGGCUGGACGAUUGAUUGAUUUUUUACUCAGUCAUUGGACUAUGUCAGUAUGCGACAAUAAAGGCUGACUUGGGUGCAAUCGUUCAUCCCUAGUUUGUAUUUGCAUGAAGUGGCGAGACCCCCACUUGACCCCGUUCUUCGACAAAUUGAUUUUGGCGGGACAAAUGACAACUUCCUUCAGCCAUUUGGUUCCCGUCUUUCGGCCGUAUUGUUCGGCCCGACGGAUGUUUGUUCAUCUGCACUUGACAAGUGUCAGACGUCCGAUAGAUGGUCGCAAAAGUAUUGGGACACACGCACGCGAGAGGAAGUUUCGGCGCCAUCGACGGUGAAAAAUGUCCAGUCUUUGGACAUCUGUCUCUGCUGCGCACUUCUUGGUUGACUCAAUUUGAAAUGAAGUGUUCCAAUACUUUUGUCCGCGUAGCGGUACAGAGUGUUGGCGGCGGCCAUUUUGUGUUUUAUUCUUUGCAGUGUUUGGAGUUUGAACGUGCAUGGCUUUUCUCCUCCUUUGAUUUGGUGUGGUCAAACGUGUCUCAGCGCCUUUUUUUGUCUUCUUU